GGGCUGGCUGGCGGCGGCGGCAGCGGGAGCCGAGUUCCCGGGUGCACGUGUGGGGCAGCGCAGGCACCCUCGCGGCGGCGGGAGACACCUCCCACCCCCUCCGGAGGCUCAGGGCCGUGCUCGGCUGUCGCGGUCUCCGUCCCACGCUCCGCUCCCUGCCCGAAGCGAGGAGGCCGGCUCGGGAGGUUGAGUGGCCCGAGCUGAGAGCGCUGAGGGCUCUGGGCGGCGGCGACGACGACGGCGGCGUUGAUAGCGGCGGUAACGACGGCCUCAACAGGCGGGGAAGAUGAAAGGUAGCCGGAUCGAGCUGGGAGAUGUGACACCACACAAUAUUAAACAGUUGAAGAGACUGAACCAAGUCAUCUUUCCAGUCAGCUAUAAUGACAAGUUCUACAAGGACGUGCUGGAGGUUGGAGAGCUAGCAAAACUUGCCUAUUUCAAUGAUAUUGCUGUAGGUGCAGUAUGCUGUAGGGUGGAUCAUUCACAGAAUCAGAAGAGGCUUUACAUCAUGACACUGGGAUGUCUGGCACCUUACCGAAGGCUAGGAAUAGGGACGAAAAUGCUAAAUCACGUCUUAAACAUCUGUGAAAAAGAUGGCACUUUUGACAACAUUUAUCUGCAUGUGCAGAUCAGCAAUGAAUCGGCAAUUGACUUCUACAGGAAAUUUGGCUUUGAGAUUAUUGAGACAAAGAAGAACUACUACAAGAGGAUAGAGCCAGCAGAUGCUCACGUGCUACAGAAAAACCUCAAAGUCCCUUCUGGUCAGAAUGCAGAUGUGCAAAAGACAGACAACUGAACAAAUGACAAAUGAACUUCCUUGCACUUGCUUGUCGCCAAAUAAAAGAAAGGCCCAUUGAUUCCCCCCCCCCUUUCUUUAAAAGCUUCCUUCCUUCCUUGUUCUUGUUUCUCCUCCUUUCUUUCUUCUAAAAGUUUCAUUCUUUCAAGGACUUUCAAAAAUAAUCAUGUUUGGAUUGUUUUAGUUCUCUUAUUUUUUGUGAGGUGUUUUGAUUGAAGGAAAGAGAAGGUAGAUAUGUAUAGUUUCGCAGUUAAGAUAUAUGGUCCCAAAAAUUUGGGUGUCAGAUAAUUUCAGAUUUUUUAGCUGAUUUUUUUUUUUUAAAUGUCCUGCUUUCACAUUGAAGGUCAGAGCCUACAAAAUCUUUCAUUUCAAAAGACAAAAAGAAGCAACAGCAAUAUCUUGUUCUCUAAUUCUUAGACAAGUUUAGUGUGUUUGUGGUACUUUGAAUUUUUAAAGACUAUUUGGGGGAUUAAUCCCUUGACAUUGCCUUCACUCCACCUUUAGUCCUUCUGAGCACUCUCAGGAGUUGAACCAUUGUUAUCCUUGUUAGAAGUACUAAGUUUAUUUUGGUUUCUAAAGCAAUUUAUUUCUUCUCUUGUUGGUGGAUGGGGCAGUUUGGGUAGGUAGUGUUAUACUUUGGUUUAAGUAUUUGAAUUAAACUGCUUUUUUGUUAAUGAGUGGGCUUGUUAGCAGGUUUGUUUUUCCUGCUGUUGAUUGUUACUAGUGGCAUUAACUUUGAGAGUUGGGCUGGUGAGAUUAAUUUUUUUUUAAUAUCCCAGCUAGAGAUACGGCCUUUAACUGACCUAAAGAAGUUUGUUGUGAUUUAAGUUUUUUCUCCUCUUCUUUUUCUUCAGUAAAUCCAGUAAUAGUUUCAUAAUAAAAAUGGAAUUGAUGUCCUUAUAGGUCAAUGCCCUUAAAUUAUCCUGAAGCAGAUGUUUCUUCUUUUACAUAUUAAAAAAUAACCUAAAAAGGAAGCAUAGAUGUACUUGUGGCACAAUAAAUGCAUUUAAUGUUGACUAAUGCAGGCUGUUAAAAGUGUGACCAUCAAUCAUUUGAUAAUACAGGUAAGAAUAUCUAGACAGUAUUUUUGAGAAUAACAUAGCUGUGAUAUUCCUUAUCUGUUGGAGAACAUCUCAGAUUUGCUUAGACUCUGUGCCUAUGUAUUUUGAGUUGAAGAAUUUGGGGUAAGGGGAAUUGUUAAACAUAGUGCUUCUAUUCUUGGAAAAGUAGAAGUACAAAGUGUUAAUAAUGCAGAUAUCACUGUGACCUCUUCUACUGAUAUGACUGGUUUAUGCCAGGUAGUUUUCUGGCACUUAGUGAGUGACUUUGACAGAUUGAUGAGUUUUGUGAGAUAGGAGUUAUCUGAAAUAUUCAUGUUUUCCUCCCAUAGUCCCAUCUCCAAUAUUUAGAACAGAUUGCCAGUACUGAUGACCCAAAAAAUGCUCUCAUUAAACUUUAAAACAGUGUACAGGGCUUGGACUUAAGUGGAAUAUUGAUUCAUAAUACUUAUCCUGUUAUGUAAAUGCUGGUAAGAGGUUUCAUCUCCAGAUAUGUUAAAUGACAAUUAUUAUGCAAAGUGCUUAUGUACUCUUUAUAAUGUUUUUUUUGUUUGAGAAUGUGAAAGUACAAAGUACAGUAGACUUUGCCAGAGAAUAAUACAGUGCCAAGAAUAAUACAGAAAAGAAAGAUAAAUUGAUGAGUGAGUUUAUAGGGUUCUAAACUCCAGAUAGUUAAAUGUAGAAAAGACCAUACUGGUUUUUAGGGUAUCAGUUUCUUAAAUGUUUAAACAGUUCAAAUCUAAGGUUAGAAGAAAAGUUUAGUAGUUAAGCACCUUUAUCUUUAUGGAUAAGGUUCAGCUUGGUCUUGCCAAGAAAAGAGUGCUUAAGUCACAGAAGGCAUAAUUAGUUUGAAGAAUUCAGCUUUUUUGUAAACUUCCAGAUAUCAAAAUAGAUUUUGAUAUAUAAAUGACACUGCCUCUAUUUCUAUAACCAUUUCACCUGGACUGUCUAAUCAGUCCUAUGAAUGUAUCCCUAAAUGUUGUUAUUGAAAAACCGAAUAGCUGCCUCAUUAUUAAGUACAUGUUAUUUAAGGAAGAAAAAAAAGUUUGAAUUGAGUGUUUAGGCUCCCUAUCAUUAUAGAAUUUCUUUUUCCACACUAGUCAGUGACUUAUUUUAAAUUGUAAAUGUUUGUAAAGGGUUAAUCGUCCUACAUCAAACUUGUAUUCUGUCCACUUAUAGAGGAAGAGGAAGUGGAACAGGUAGAAGCUAGGUCUAGUUCAUAUGCCUAUGAAUCAGUAAAGACUAAUGUAAUGUCCCAUUUUGGUUUGAUUAUUUGAUAUGUGGUGAAAACUAUCUUUAAAGUCAAACAAUACUUGUGUUAACUGGAAGAUCACAGAUUAUAUUCAUCAUAUUUUUCAGGUCAGAUAGUUCUUACUAUGAGCAAAACAGUUAAAAUUUUAUUGUAGGGUAUUUCCAUUUGGGUUCUAAAGAAAAGCAUCUGUAGAGAAUUCUAUGCAAUAUAUAAUUUGUCCAGAUUAGUUUUUAUUUGAGGAAUGAAGUUCUGAAAUGUAUCUCAAAGGCAGUUACUCAUCAAUUGAAAGUCCUCCAAAAAGAGAACUAUUGGGACACUUUGAUAUGUGGUGGUGGAAAAAGAAAAGCUCCCUCAGUUUUUUGGAGGGGAUAACUUUAAAAAAAAUACUUAAUGGUUAAGUUUACUUGGUGCAGUAAAGAUUAAACUUGUCAAUUUUAACAUUGCUGUUACAUCUGAAAUAAACUUACGUGAUGUU